AUGCUCUUGUCAUUUGCGACUUUUGGCAAAACAUAUUCACAGAGUUUUCAAAGGCCUCUAGGAACAUGCUCGCACUAUUUCUAUCACUCCACGUCACAAGCUUUUACCGUGAGGGAAACAUCUAAUCCAUCGACAACAAAGGUCUAUGAGAAAAAUGAAAAUGACAAAGCAAAAGAAACCGAUUCUAGCGAUAGUGUGACGACGCAACCGUUUCCGAUGAAUCCUUAUUUUAAAGCUCAACCACCACUUUCAGAUAACUUUAAGGAAAUGGUAUGGAGUAUGUUUGUGCAAGGAAAUAACACAAGGGAAAUUGGGACGAAAAUGGGAAUUUCACUUAAAAGAGUCGAAGCCAUACUGAAGCUGAAAAAAUUGGAACGAGACAUGAUUGCCCAGGGUAUGACAAUUCAAAAAAAUUUUACAACUCAUAUGGAAAAAAUGUUAGGCGCGAGAUCAAUUCUAUCAGAGAAACCAAGUGAUACUUAUCCGCAAGUGGGAAGGCCAAAAUUUCAUUUAGCAGACGAAGGCGAGGCUUUUAAACCUGAAGACGCAGCAAAAAUUUUAAAACGUCCACCCCUAGCGUUAUUAGAAGAACGAAAGUUGAAGGAGGAAUUACUUCGACCAUUCACGUUAGAAGAAAAAAUAAAACAGCCACAGAAUACCGUAGAAAUUAGGCAUGAUAAAGAAUUCACAAAUAAAAGAUUUGCAUUUAAAUUUAAAAAUGUCGGAAAGAACCCCGGCAUCGUCAUUCGUGAACGAGAUGGAAGAUUAUUGAAAACAGACGAUGUGCCUCUGGGAAAGUCAAUACAUUUUACUGAUUAA